GAAACAAGUUCUAUAUAACUGAUAUUUUGAUACUUUUAGUACAGAUAAUCGCAUUGAAUAAAGAUAAUUAAUUAAGAUGGCUUCUCUCCGCUGUCUGUUGCUGCUCCUGGUCGUCUGCUCGCCUUGGCAAGACGUGCUCGCAGUAAAUGUCACGGAAGCAACGCCAACUUGCCCGGAAGAGCCAAAAGGCAUAGAAGCAGAGGCGCUGCUGCCCGGCAUUGACAACAAGAGUCUGGUGGUGGUGGACGUGCGGCCUGCCGAGGACCUCGCGAACGACGGCCGCAUCCCUGGGUCUUUCAACGUGCCGCUGCCGGAAUUGGUCGCUGCGUUUAAGCUGGAGUCCGCAGCCUUCAAUGCCCAGUACGGCUUCGAGAAGCCAGCAGCUGAUAAGCUGGUUCUUUCCUGUCGAUCUGGCGGACCGGCGCUGGAAGCUUGGCGGAGUCUGUCCCCACUGGGCUACUGUCAUGCCAGGGUUUACUUUGGUUCGUUCUUAGACUGGCAAGCCAAGGGACUGCCCAUCGAACGCGGGCUUGAAGGCACCACCCGAAAUAAUUCGUCUGGCUGAUCGUGACCGUGCGACCAACAAACCAUUUAAUUCUAGACAAACAGUAACCGCAAGAUUCCCUUAAGGAAAAUUCGUCGUUUAUAAUAAAAAGCGACCCUAAGCUCUCUUAUGUUUGUAUUGCAACUUUUGAUAGUAAAAAAGACGCAAGUAA